CAGCCUUUGCAGUAAUCAGCAGCUUUGAACGAACUUUACAGCAUUCUCAUUACUUCAAUCAACGAAGCCAUUAUCAUUUUCCUUUUCUAUGAUGUCUGCUGCCAAAGCCCAAAUUGCUCUAAAUACUUGGAUCUUUCACAUAUAUAUACAUAUCCAUGUCUUUAAGUGGUAGUUGAGGUUCUUUUCCAACAUCAAGAAGGGUAGAUAACACAGUGACCCAGAUCGAACAAGUACAACACUCUCUCUAGGUUUGUAACAUACACAUCGUCCAACCUCUCUCUUCCUUUCUGAUCAUACACAGUGCUGAAGCAAUAAAACACAAUGGCUCCUGUGAAAGAUGAGACCAUAAAAAUGGAAGAAAAUGUGUCCCGUAAGAAAGAAGUCAACAAGGGAGCAUGGACAGCAGAAGAAGAUAGAAAACUGGCUGAUGUUAUUUCAGUUCAUGGUGCUAAAAGGUGGAAGACAGUUGCAAUCAAAGCAGGUUUAAAUAGGUGUGGUAAAAGUUGCAGGCUGAGAUGGAUGAAUUAUCUGAGGCCUAACAUUAAGAGAGGAAAUAUAUCAGACCAAGAAGAGGACUUGAUACUUAGGCUUCAUAAACUUCUUGGAAACAGGUGGUCUUUGAUUGCUGGAAGAUUACCAGGACGAACAGAUAACGAGAUCAAGAACUACUGGAAUUCUCAUUUGAGAAGGAAAGUAAGCCAGACAGAGAAACAAAGUGGAGCUUCAGUGAGAGAAGGCUGCAAAGUUCGAAAGAGAUCAGUGGAGAAUGCCAAAGAAGAAGUGAGGGAAGAGAAUACAUCUACAAAUAUCAGCUUCGAUGUAGACGAGUUCUUUGAUUUCUCCAAUGACAAUCCGCUGAACAUGGAGUGGAUGAACGAAUUUCUUGAAGUUGACGAGGGUAUUAAUUGAAACUUUAUGAAAAAGCAAGAUGUGUUUCCAUCUCUAUAAUCAUGAAUUUAUUGCAGGCCACGUUAAUCUGUAAAACAUCGUUAUCUAUUCAUGAAUUUGGCAGGAUUUCAGUUUUCUGUCAGCUCUCCUAGUUGCUGAAAUGGUGAAACUGCAGCACAACACUUUUGAUUGGUCCUAAUUAGUGAAGGAAAUAUCCUUCGGUUUUUUUUUUGUUCUCCACCCUGAUUUUGAAUACUCACUAGACUAAGAAGUAAAAGAAAAUAGAAGAAAACAGACAUAAAAACAAAGGGAAGAGAACUAAGAAGAAAUUAUAUACUGUAGUUUUUGGACUAUAUAGUUCUCAAAAGGGCAUAGAGAUUCUUUCUAUAUGA